UCGUCUGUUUAAAAUAAUAAGAUGGUAUAAAUAGGCUUUCGUCUUUGAAAUAGCACAUUCAGGGAGUUAAACCCCGUGUGAAACAACGAAAAUGCGCGGAUUCUUCGUUGUUUGUUUGUGCUUGGGCGUGGCCCUUGCCGCUGAGUUCCCCAAGUUCCAGUUCAACUCAAAUGCCCGCCGUUUCAACAGUGGCGUGAGCGCCUCGGCGUCAGCCAGCUACAACGGGCGCUACAACGCUGGAGCAUACACUGACAACUCUGGACGCACCCGCGGAGAUGUGAACUCUGGACGCUACGUCGACAACUCUGGACGCUACAACCCCGCUGCCGACAACUCUGGACGUUACGUGCCCGAUGAUCUUGGAAAAUACAACGGAGACCGAGGAGACCGCGGUGGUGCUGGCGGCUUCUACUCCGGUUCCAGCGACCGCGGAGCUCCCGGGGGCUUCUACAAGGGCUCUAGCGACCGUGGAGACCGUGGCGGUCCCGGCGGCCAGUACACCGGCAACAAUGACAACGGAUUCGGUGCCGGUGGUGCUGGUGGUGCCGGUGGUGCCGGUAACGCCGGUGGCGCCAACAGCGCCAGCGCUUCAGCGUCUGCUGGCGUCGGCGGUUCCGCCAAGGCCUCCGCGUCCAGCGGCUUCGGCGCUGGCUCCAGGUUCGGCUCCGGUGUCGGCGUGAGCGGCAAGACUGGCUCCGCCUUCGGCUCUGGUGUCGGUGUUAGCGGCGUUGGCGUCAGCGGUGUAGGUGUAUCCAGCAGCGCUAGCUCCGGAAAGGUCUACAGCAGCGGCAACGCUGGCAACUACGAAUACAAAUACGGCAUCAUCCGUCAAGAGGGAGAGGUUGAACCCGACGGCUACCACUACCUGUACGAGACCGAGAACAAAAUCCUUGCCGAAGAGGCCGGUAAACUUGAGAAGAUCGACAACGAAAACGAGGCUAUCAGAGUUAAGGGAUUCUAUGAGUUCGUCGCCCCUGACGGCAUCACCUACAGAGUCGACUACACCGCUGACGAGAACGGCUUCCACCCCUCUGGCGCUCAUAUCCCCAAAUUGACGCUAAUCGAUACUUGCAAGAUCAUACUUCUGCUCUCGUUACUAUCAAUCGUUGGCUGUUCCCCGUAUGACGACGGGAAGUAUAAUCCGAAAAAAUACCGCGUUUAUGACGACGGACGAUAUUAUAGACCUUUAGGCGAAGGGAAAUACGUCAGAGGAGACGAGGGCAAAUACACGUAUGUGUAUAGGCAAGGUCUUUACCCCGAAGAUGACAGAGACUAUAGAUAUAUACAUCAGGUGGGUCCUAACGGAGGUUUUGGAGGCAACGGUGGAUUCGGAGGGAACGGAGGCUUCGGAGGCAAUGGAGGGUUUGGGGGCAAUGGCGGAUUUGGAGGAGAUGGAUAUGGAGGGGGUGACGGAUAUGGAGAUGGAUAUGGGAAUGGAGAUAGAUACGGCGAUGGAAGCGGUCAAGAUGACUCGACAUAUAAUACAAUAGAUUAUGGUGGAAAGAUCUACGCAGAGCGAUACCCUCACAUCCACAAUAUCAUCAAGGCGCUGGUGAAGCAGUAUGUGUCUCCGGACUACAUCGGCUUCGGGGACGAGUCGCUGGGUAGUUCUUCGCACUACAACAAGGCGUACGCCGAUAAGGAGGUGGCUGUCAAGUGCCACUAUCUCUCGCCGACGUCGCAGGCGGAUCCUUCGGAGUUUGUUUCGCAAUAUCCACCCCGUUUGACCUCCCUACCUGGGGAUAAACCAGCAUCGUUCUACAGCUUCAAAGGCACGAAGGUCCUCCGCGAUGGCGACUCUCCAAGAAAGCUGACCCUGGAUCAUUUCGCUGGGUUCAAGCAUUCUAUUGUUAACAUGAAGCUGAUUUUAUCCUUUGUGGUGGUAGCUGUACUCGGCCUCAGUGUUGCUGAGGACGAUGGCCAGUACAAGCCACACCUAUACGGGGACGACGGCAAGUACCACCGCGGCGACGAAGGCCGCUACUACGGGUCUCCUGACAGCAAGUACCAUGUGUACACAGAUUUGGAUAAUAGGUACAAGAGCCUGUUCGGACGGAAUGGCAAAUAUGGCUCGAUCUACGGCGCGUACCAGCCAGUGUAUGUGAAGGCGUACAACCCGUACUACCAGCCGCUGCUCACGCCUUACGUCAACUACGGAGAUCAAAAUGGACUCGAAGUAGAGCCCUUCGCUUCAUCCCUAGCAACGGUGACCGCGCGGCCAUCAGUCAUCUCAGUGCCUAUCCUGCCAUCAGCUCGGCCCUUCGCCUACACAGUGACACCUAGGCCUUUAGCUUACACACCCUACUACCCAAGGUCAGGCUACGAGCCUAACGCCAAAAUCCUCAGACAAGAAAGCGAUGUGGAUGUGGACGGAUACCAUUAUCUAUUCGAAACUGAAAAUGGUAUCGCGGCUGAAGAAGCAGGCAGGGUCGAGCCAGCUGUGAACGGCGGAGGCACCAGGGCUAAAGGAUUCUAUGAAUAUGUUGGGGACGAUGGCGUCAAGUAUCGCGUGGAUUACACGGCUGAUGAAAAUGGAUUCCGACCGAUUGGUGCUCAUUUGCCUAAAGCUUGAAUAUUCUCAUUAUACAU